AUGGCCACCACGUCUACAUUAACUAGUGAAUUGCAGGGUCCUGCCGACUCUAGUGGGAUCAACGCCGCUCCGCCCAAAACGGAAAUGCUGAACAGAAGGAACUCGAUCUCGUUAAAACAAUCAAUACUCGACUGGUGGAGCUCGCCUUCUGAACUUUCAAGAGCGUCGUUCUCUUCCAAUUCGUCGUCAGCGUCGUCUUCGACCGCUGCCACCUCUGUAAAGAGCACCUUCGCCAGCUCAAGGCUCAAGAACUUAAAGAUAGAGUACAACUUGUACAAGGCGAUCUUUUCGGAUGAGAUCUAUGUUGUACCGCCCGGCGAUGCGAUCAUCGACGACGAUGAGCUUCAAGACUACCCUUAUUAUGCUCAAAUACUCGACAUCGAGUUGGAUGACGGGAACUUCUUGCACGAAUUUUACCUCCAGAACAAUUUGGAUCGGCCAGCAGACGGUAACGACGAUCAAGUAUUGGAUCUCGUUGUUGUUCACGGGUACAUGGCAGCUUCGGGCUAUUUCUUGAAGAACUAUGAACAGUUAUUGAGAUCCACACCAGGUAUAAGGAUUCAUGCUCUUGAUUUGUUGGGCUUUGGUAAUAGUUCCCGGCCGAAAUUCCCUCAGGAGCUAUUGACCACGCCGGAAGACCAUGAGGCACAGAUCAAACAGACUCUAGAGGUAGAAAACUGGUUUAUCGACAGAAUAGAGGAGUGGAGAGUGAAGAGAGGAAUCAAGAAGUUCAAGCUAAUUGCCCACUCAAUGGGAGCUUACUUGAUGUCCUGCUACCUCAUGAAGUAUAAUAACGGUAAAGAGAAACUGGUUCAUGAGUUUUUGGCCGUUAGUCCCAUGGGAACUGAGCCGAACUAUCAGAGUUUGAUAAACGAUUCGAAGUAUCAGUUCAACCAUCAUGCCAUUGGAGGUGACCCAUUCAAAGAAUUGACUGCAAGACAAAAGAACAUAACUGGUGGCUCGCAGGAGGAUUCCACGAGCAAUGGUAAACUCUCUCAGAUCUGGAAAGAUCUCGGGGCUCCAAAGUUUCCUAAAGUAUACGUAUUGAGAAAGUUAUGGGAAUGGAAUAAGUCCCCCUUCCAAGCACUUCAGUUAUUUGGUCCAUUCUAUUCUAAGCUUUUAAGUUACUGGUCGUUUCAGAGGUUUGCAAAUUUGGUGGGCAAUGAAGACGAGGCUACUAAGGAUACAGACAACACAGACUUGAUCCUCAAGCUACAUUACUAUUCGUUUUCUAUAUUCAAUCAGUUCCAAGGCUCUGGAGAAUUGGCCAUAACCAAACUAAUCAAUCAUGAAAUCUUGGCGAAAUUACCACUUGCAGACAGAGGGUUGGUGGAGUAUUUGGCGAGUAAUAACGUCAAGACAAUGUGGAUGUAUGGCGAUAGAGAUUGGAUGAAUAGCAAUGGUGGGAAAUACGUUCAUGACAAGAUAUCUAAACUCAAAAGUGGGAUAAGUGAAUUUCAAGUUAUCAAAGGUGCUGGCCAUCAUAUUUACUUAGAUAACCCUGAGGAAUUUAACAAAUCUAGUAUACAAUUCUUAGGACUAGGAAAGUAG